AGGAAUUAAAUUGUUGUGCUAGCUGGCAACGAGUGUGGCUCGUUGCGCCGUGCGGGGAUUUGUUUGUUGGUCCAGUGGAUGGGCUGGCCGCUGGCGGAAGUGCUUUCGUCGCCGGAAUUAGGGAUGCUCAGCAGGAUGUGUUUCAGCGAGAUCCCCAGCCUGCCGCGCUGCCCCCUGGAUCUGGACGCCCUGAAGCCCUGUCUCUGCGGCACCCCCAUCAUCCGCGGUCUGCGCAUCGCCUGCCCCGGCGUCAACCUGCCGCAGCUGGCCAAACGCCUGCAGCUGCUGCAGGGCACGCGCAUCGCCAUCUUCGAGCUGCGCGCCGGCGUCAUCCCGGUGUGGGACGCCAACCUGGUGGGCAACAUCACCCUCCUCGAGGUCACCCUCUUCAACAGCCAACUGCGCAAUGUCGGCACGCGCAUCCUCGACGCCUCCGCCGCCCACCUCACCCGCCUGGCCCUCCCUGGCAACCUCCUGGAGGAGGUCCCGCCCGUCGUCGGCACCUUCCCGGCGCUCCGCGUCCUCGACCUGUCCUACAACCGCAUCGCCAGCGUCCCGCGGGACCUCCUGCGCGGCCUGGUGUCCCUCCAGGAGCUCAAUCUAGCCGGCAACCUCCUGCGCAGCGUCGAGGCCGGCGCCUUCGCCGGGCUGUCGGCCCUGACGCAGCUGAACCUGGGCGCCAACCUCCUGCAGCACAUGCCCGCCCUGGGCUUCGGCUACCAGCACGGCCUGCAGGUCCUCAACGUCAGCGCCAACAACAUCUCCACGGUCUCCGCCACCGAUCUGCAGAACCUGACGAACCUCUACACGCUGGACCUGGCCUUCAACCGCCUGGACGACGUGGACGGCGGGGCCUUCCGCGCCAAUUUAAAAAUCGUCUACCUCUUCCUGGACCACAACCAGCUGACCGGCCUCCCCGCCGGCCUCUUCCCCAUGGGCAUGGCCGUGCAGAACCUGACCUUAUCCUACAACCGCCUGACCGCCUUCCCCUCCGACACCCUCGCCGGCCUCUUCAACCUCGUCGGCCUCUUCCUCAGCCACAACGCCCUGACGGAGGUGCCUUCGCGUCUCGUCACCAACAGCUUCCACAUCGCCACCGUCGACUUCUCCUUCAACCCGGCGUUGAGCGUCGUCCGUGGGCAGGCGCUGGACGGGCUGAAGAACUUGAGCAGCAUCUCGCUGGCCUUCUGCAACCUGACAAGCAUCGAGGCCGGCGGCCUGGGCGACCUGCAGGGCGUGACGGCGCUGUACCUGAACAACAACAAUUUAUCGCAGAUGAAGGCGGCCGCUCUGGGCUUCCUGCCGGCCGUGCAGCAGCUGCAGCUCAGCCACAACAACAUCUCGAAGCUGAAGCUGAUGGAGAUCUCGGGACUGCUGGGCGUCAUGACGCUCAACCUGUCGCACAACUUCAUCCGCACGGUGUCGCCGGGCGAGAUGCCCCGGCUGCCCAUGUUGAUGACGCUGGACCUCAGUUUCAACGGGCUGCAAGAGGUCAUGCCCGGCAGCUUCAAGGACUACCUGUCGCUGCAGCGGCUGUACCUGCACAGCAACCUCCUAAGGGCGGUCGACGCCUCCACCUUCGGCAGCAUGAACAGCCUCCUCGAGGCGGACCUCAGUAAGAACAACAUCUCCAAUUUCCAGCGGUUCGCUGUGAGCAAACUGCGCAGUCUGCGCCUGAUCAAAGUGGACGACAACUUCGUCACUGAGCUGUUCCAGGCGCCGGGCAGUCUGGCGAUCAUUUCCGCCCGCAACAAUUCCAUUAGCAGCAUCAAGGGCUCCAGCUUCCCCGUGGGCAUCCCCCUGACGACGCUGGACUUGUCCUUCAACAACGUCAGCGAGCUGGAGCUGGGCGCCUUCGCCCACCUCGGCAUCAUCGAGACGGUGAAGCUGCGCGGCAACGCCCUGAGGGCGGUGCCCAAGAAGGAGCUGCAGAACCGCGUCACGCUGCAGCACCUCGAUCUGGGCCAGAACAGCAUCGCCGGCGUCGAUUACGACGCCUUUGCGGGGCUCAAACUGCGCAAGCUCUAUUUGGACACCAAUCAAAUUGUCCGGUUUAACGAGACGGCGCUGAACGGUCUGGCCGAGCUGUCGGAACUGCGUCUGGACGGCAACCGGCUGCCGGCGUUGGACUCACAGCUGCUCCGCGGUCUGCAGUCGCUGACGUCGGUGGAUUUAAGCGGGAACGCCUUGACGGACGUGGCCGGUGACGUGUUCAACGACCUGUACUCGGUGCGGCGCGUGUCCCUGGCCGACAACGCCCUGGGCACCCUCCCGCGCCGCCUCUUCGACCGCAACGCCUUCCUGGAGAGCGUCGACCUCAGCGGCAACCGCCUGCGCGUCCUCCCCACCUACCUCGAGGAGGCGGUCAACCGCCUGGCCGUCCUCAACGUCUCGCGCAACUUCCUGCAGGAGAUCCUGGGCGCCCCGGCCCUCCCCUGGCUGACCGCGCUGGACCUGUCGCGCAACGCCCUCAAGCAGCUGAGCGUGCACGCCUUCAGCAAGAUGCCGCGCCUGCAGCGCCUCCUGCUGGACCGCAACCCCCUGGAGAUCCUCUCCGACGCCGGGCUGAACUGCGACCUGAAGCAGCUGAACCUGGACUACACGCUGCUGCACUCGGUGCCCUUCUCGCUGCUGCUGUCCCUGGACCAGGACAACAGCUCGCUGUCCUUCCGCAACGUCAGCAUCUUCUGCGACUGCCGCGCCGUGGGCCUGCAGGAGCACCUGCGGCGGCGGCGGGACCCGGUGGUGGUCGACGCGGUGUGUGCCGGCACGGCCACGCCCAUCGUGGACGCCGCCCUGGGCGCGGACUGCGAGGCGUCGCGGCAGGCCAUCGACAAGCUGCUGGACGCCAAGACGGUGCUGGACCUGCGCGCGGUGCGGGCGGGCCGCGCCGUGCUGCUGCAGUGGGACACGCUGGUGGCCGGGGACAUCUUCAGCUUCGGCCUGAACGUGGAGUACGCCAACCGGUCGGUGCACGCGCCCAAGACGCGCCUGCCCUACCACACCAGCCAGUACGCCGUGCCCGACCUCUCCUUCUCCACCACCUACAAGGCCUGCGUCCAGAGCUUCGACUCCCUGGGGCGGGCGGUGGGCUCGCCGGCCUGCAAGCUGGUGCAGCUGGCCUCCCUCGACACCGCCGCCGCCAGCGGGGCGGCUGGUGUGGACGCCGCACGGCUGUCUGCUUUCUCGUUAAUGACUCUCUUCACUGUUGCUUUCUUUAUGCGUAGUGUAUGUUGACAUCCGGUGGGCGUUGUCGGCUGCGCUGUUAGAACGCUUGCCUUUUAUGGACCUCCUUAUUAGUUUUCCUUGAUUAUAGGUAAGCGAUUCGGCAUGGUAUUUUCAUUUUGUUGUGGCCAAUGGAUUAGCACAGUUUUGAUUAUUGCUGAUCUCGAUGCUGGUGCAAAAUUGAAUGACACUUAUUUCGACACUGUUCGGUGUCAUGUGCGAAUCCUCGCAAAGUGGAGAACGGAAAUAAACUUAAAAAUUAAUAUAAA